UAUGCCAUUUUUGGGUCAGGACUGGAGAUCUCCUGGAUGGAGCUGGAUUAAGACAGAAGAUGGCUGGAAGAGAUGUGAAUCCUGGAGUCGGGACCUGGAAAGAGAGACUAACCCUCGUACUAUCAGUCACAGCAUUAUCUUAAAUAGUGACGAUGAAGAAAUAUUCAGUAAUGAAGAGCAGGAAUACACAUCCAAAAAGAGGAAAAAGGAUCAUUUUAGAAAUGAUACAGAUACUCAAUGUUUUUAUCGUGAGAAAUGGAUCUAUGUCCAUAAAGAAAGCACAAGAGAAAGGCACGGCUAUUGUACUUUGGGAGAGGCUUUUAAUCGCUUAGACUUCUCAAGUGCAAUUCAGGAUAUUCGAAGGUUCACCUACGUGGUCAAACUCCUGCAGCUAAUUGCGAAAUCCCAGUUAACGUCGCUGAGCGGCGUGGCGCAGAAGAACUACUUCAACAUUUUGGACAAAAUUGUCCGGAAGGUCCUCGACGACCACCAGAACCCCCGCCUCAUCAAGGACCUCCUGCAGGACCUGAGCUCCACCCUGUGCAUCCUCAUCCGGGGCGUUGGGAAGUCCGUGCUGGUGGGAAACAUCAACAUCUGGAUCUGCCGUCUGGAGACCAUCCUCCACUGGCAGCAGCAGCUGCAGAACCUGCAGGUCACUAAGCAGGUGAACGACGGCCUCACGCUCAGUGACCUCCCCUUGCACAUGCUCAACAACAUCCUGUACAGACUCUCCGAUGGCUGGGACAUCGUCACACUAGGCCAGGUGACCCCGACGCUGUCCAUGCUCAGCGAGGACAGGCGUCUGUGGAAGAAACUCUGUCAGUACCACUUUGCCGAGAAGCAGUUCUGCAGACAUCUGAUCCUGUCGGAGAAGGGCCAUGUGGAGUGGAAGCUGAUGUACUUCGCGCUCCAGAAGCACUACCCGCCCCGGGAGCAGUACGGGGACACCCUGCACUUCUGCCGUCACUGCAGCAUCCUCUUCUGGAAGGACUGCCGCCUUGCUUUGUUGUUCAAGGACUCGGGGCACCCCUGCACCGCCACCGAUCCCGACAGUUGCUUCAUGCCCGUGUCUCCACAGCACUUCAUUGACCUGUUCAAGUUCUGA